UCUUGAACAAACACGAUGACCACACUGAUUGGAUCAAACUCAGACUUCACCUUCCUGGAGGAGGGAUUCUGUGCACGGGAUAUCGUGGAACAGAAGAUCAACGAGUUGUCCUUAUCGGAUGACAAAGAUGCCUUCUACGUGGCUGACCUAGGUGACGUCCUGAAGAAGCACCUCCGUUGGUUCCGUGUUAUACCUCGAGUCACUCCGUUCUACGCAGUGAAGUGCAACGACAGCAGGGCUGUUGUCUCGACACUGGCGUCUCUGGGAGCGGGAUUCGACUGUGCGAGCAAGUCGGAGAUCCAGCUCGUGCAGUCUGUGGGUGUGGACUCCAGCAGGAUCAUCUACGCUAACCCCUGCAAGCAGGUGUCUCAGAUCAAAUACGCCUCCGAUCACGGCGUGCAGAUGAUGACGUUUGACAGCGACGUGGAGCUCAUGAAGGUCGCACGAUACCAUGAUAGUGCCAAACUGGUUCUUCGUAUCACCACUGACGACUCCAAGGCCGUGCGCAGGUUAAGUGUGAAGUUUGGUGCCACGUUAAAGAGCAGCCGUCUGCUGCUGGAGAGGGCGAAGGAGCUUGGGUUGGAUGUGAUCGGAGUCAGUUUCCAUGUGGGCAGCGGAUGCACUGAUCCGGAGUCAUACAGGCAGGCCCUCUCAGAUGCACGCUGUGUUUUUGACAUGGGGGCGGAGCUGGGAUAUAACAUGACCCUGAUUGAUAUUGGCGGAGGCUUUCCAGGCUCAGAUGACGCCAAACUGAAAUUUGAAGAGAUCGCUGCUGUGAUUAACCCUGCACUGGAUAAAUAUUUCCCUGCUGACUCCGGCGUGAGGAUCAUUUCUGAACCUGGACGCUUUUACGUGGCGUCCGCAUUCACGCUGGCGGUCAACAUCAUUGCCAAAAAGGUCAUCAUGAAGGAGCAAUCAGCCUCUGACGAAGAAGACGACGGGACCAAUGACCGAACCUUGAUGUACUACGUGAAUGAUGGCGUUCAUGGUUCCUUCAACUGUAUUCAGACCAGCCAUGCGUAUUACUUGCCCGUUCUGCACAAGAAACCCAUGCCUGAUGAGCGCAUGUACCCAUGCAGUAUUUGGGGACCCACCUGUGAUGGGCUGGACCGCAUUGUGGAGCAGUGCAGCCUGCCGGACAUGCAGGUGGGCGACUGGCUGCUGUUCGAGAACAUUGGUGCCUACACUGUAUCCAUGUCCUCCACCUUCAAUGGCUUCCAGAAACCCGAUAUUCAUUACGUCAUGUCCCGAACAGCCUGGCAGUGCAUGCAGCAGAUCCGUGACCAGGGGAUUCCACUUCCUGCUGAGAAGCAGAGCUCUGGAAACAUGCCAUCGCACUGCGGGCACGAGAGCACCCUGGACGUGCCAGCCAAGCCAACCCCUACUCGCGUGCUGUGACGCUCUCUGACCUCCACCGCUUGAGCCAGCUCUCAUUCAGACAUGCAUUUUACACCAGAGGUCCAGUUCCAGAUUUGUGCUUUUGAGUUACAACAUAAGUUUAAUUAACUAUUCUAAAUGCAGCUCUUUUGCCUCUUGUUUGUAAAAGUUGCAGACCUGAAAGACACACAUUUUUGUCUGACAGUC